GAAAGACAGCUCAUGAUCAUACCUUCACAUAGACCAUACGAUGCAAAUGAAGUCCAAACCUGACUAAAUUUUCUACCACUGAGAAAACAGAGAAGCAAAGCAAACAACAGUUGAGAAACUCAUUUUGACAUUUUCGAACAAUGAGUACUAAUCUUAAAGAAUGUCUUGAACAUCCUAGGUAAGCGGCGUUACAUGAUUACCAAUUUCGUAAUUACCGCCCAUGAUGUUGUUGAAAACCAGUAAGACAUAAAUUAGGUAGGGUUUUUCAAGCUAUUAUUUGAGUAAAUUUGUGAGAAAAUUUUACUUAUUUUAUUUGUAUGGUUUCAUGUUUUGUUUAAUGAUGUGUGUGUAUCAAGUGUGAACCAACAUCUAGUAAACAAAAAGAUGGUUCCCCUGCCUUAAUUACCAGUAAUAUUAAUUAAUCACUUUAUAUUAGUAUAAAUAACUAAUUAAGAAAACCAAAGGUGGUGAGAUUCCAAACGUGAAUCCAGCCAUGAAAUCUUUUUUUCUUUCUUUUUGUUCUUUUUCUUUAAACAGUCUACUUCACACUCACUUCUCCACUGCUCUGUUCUGUCUCUUUCUUCUUUUAAAAGCUGAAAUAGAGUUUGAUUCUUUCAGUACAACACAUGCAAGUUCUUGCCUAUUGUCUGAAAUCCUUUUAAAGUCUAUUUGUUUUAUAUACUCUAAGCAUUUCCUACUCAAGAAUAAGAGAAAUGAGGAAGAUUUUCUUGUUAGGUUUUGUGGUCACAGUGCUGAUUCUUGGCACUGACGCAAAUGGAUAUCUAGAGUUCAAUGUCACAGAGUUAGAUCACAUUGAGGAACUAGAGUAUGGUGUCUCCAAAUCUAUCUCCAGUUUCAACCCAUUAAUGGUUGGCCUCACACUUAUCACUGGAGCUGGUGCCAAAGGAGCUGUUUGUUUGGAUGGAACAUUGCCUGGAUAUCAUUUACACCGUGGACAUGGAUCAGGAGCCAAUAGCUGGCUAAUUCAACUAGAGGGAGGAGGAUGGUGUGACAACAUAAGGAACUGUGUAUACCGAAAGAAGAGUCGUCGUGGAUCCUCUAACUAUAUGGAGAAACAGAUACAGUUUACAGGCAUACUUAGCGAUAAAGCUCAAGAAAAUCCAGAUUUUUUCAACUGGAAUAGAGUCAAGCUUCGUUACUGUGAUGGUGGUUCCUUCAGUGGAGAUAGUCAGAACAAGGCUGCAGGGCUUCAGUUUAGAGGAGAGAGGAUAUGGAGAGCAGCAAUGGAUGAUUUGGAAACAAAGGGAAUGCAAAAUGCCAAACAGGCACUUCUAUCUGGAUGCUCUGCAGGUGGUCUAGCAGUGAUUUUACGUUGUGAUGAAUUCAGUAACUUGUUUUCAAGAACCACCAAAGUCAAAUGCUUAAGCGAUGCAGGCUUGUUCUUGGACACGCCUGAUGUGUCUGGUGGCCAUACCAUUAGGAAUCUAUAUAACGGCGUUGUGCAGCUGCAGGGAGUGAGGAACAAUCUACCACAUAUGUGCACAGACCAUCUCAAUCCAACUUCUUGUUUCUUCCCUCAAAACUUGAUCAGUGAGAUGAAAACCCCUCUCUUUAUUGUCAAUGCAGCUUAUGAUAUUUGGCAGGUUCAAAGCAGUCUUGCUCCACCAAGUGCAGAUCCUAGUGGUUAUUGGCAUGAAUGCAGAUUAAACCAUGGAAGAUGCACUCCAGCACAGAUACUGUUCUUGCAAGGGUUUAGAGAUCAGAUGCUGAGGGCUGUGAGCGGAUUCUUGAAUGCAAGAAAGAACGGUUUGUUUAUAAACUCAUGUUUUGCUCAUUGCCAAACCGAAAGGCAAGACACUUGGUUCGCUGAUGAUUCGCCUGUUAUCAACAAGAAGGCGGUGGCGACAGCGGUUGGAGAUUGGUAUUUUGAUAGAGCAGAGGUGAAGCUAAUAGAUUGUCCAUACCCUUGUGAUAGGAGCUGCCACAAUCUUGUCUUCAGAUGAGUGAAUGAUCUUCUCAUUCUUUAUUUUUCUUUCAUAUCUUAAUGAUCCUUUUGUAUUCUUUUACUUCAAUAGUUCUGUUUGCAAUACUGAAUAAUAUACCGAAAAUAUGUUUUGUGAUCACAUUAACAUUGGCUUGAGCUUGAAGGCAAGUCCGAAAAUGCUUUAUAAUGAAAAGAGGCUACCCC